CACUCCUUAUUAGCCCUGCGAUUAGAGUACCCAAACCUAGUGAACUCUUCACUUCCGUUCACAUUGCGCGGGGCCUUACGCAAGUUGCAGAAGUUACACUAUGCAAUUACACUUACAAAGUCCAGGCCUUGCACAAGUUCUUAGCUGGGAUUAUGGAGGCGGGCCUGGUCUUGGCGACAAGCUCGUUUUUGCAGGCCUGGCCUCGUCUGUCGCUGCCAGCCCCUUGCUGACAAUCUCGUACAGUGCUAAAUGCACGCCUGUAAUCCGUGGAGUGGCCGCAGUCGCGGCUGCCGGGCUUGCGUACCAAGCCCUACCCAACUCGGCGUUUUCCGCAAGUGCCCUCUCCCCAGCCCCUGCAGUGGACCUGGAUGCAAAAAGCCUAUCGACCCCGGCGGCCGGACUGGACUUCAAGCCCCUGCUGCGCGUUUUCCACCCGUUGAGCAUGGUCAAGAUGCUGGCAAAAAACGUUGCCAUGCAAGCCCUGUUCCGGCUCAACUUGUACGUGUACCUGCAGCACGAGCGAGAGGCUCUUGCAGCCGAGCAAGAGGGCAUGGCGCCGCCGCCACCACCUGAAUUUCCUGACCUCACCCCGGCGGUGUACAAGGGCUGUACCGCAUUCUGGCGGGAGUUCUCCAUCUCGGCCACCCGGGAGACCUACGGCUGCAUUGCCAGGUGGCGCUUGGGCUCCGACAAGGCGCAGGCGCUCCUGCGGAACUCCAAGUUGUGGAUCCGUGAUGUGUUGUCGGUAAAGUAUCGCUCGUCAUCGCUUGGGCGGCGGUUCCUGGCGUAUCAGUUCGCAACCAUGCACGCUGUGGCACUACAGUACGCGGCAGACUGUACGGUGUCGGUUGUCCAGCACACCUACCGCACGGUGAAGUUGAAGGAGGGGGAGAAGAGCAACCGGCUGGUAUACUGGGUCAAGGGCGUGGUGCUGCAGAUGGCUCGCUGUGGAGUGAUUCUUGUGGCAGCCUCCAUCGGUGCGGCAGUUGGCUCGCUGGUGAACCCCGGCAAGGGCACAAUGGUUGGUCAGAGCUUGCUGGAAGCCGUCACCAUGAUCGCAAUGGGCUACGCAAUCGACAUCCUCAUGGAGUGA